AUGUCACCAAAGAAAUGGUACAAGAAAAAUGUAUGCGGUACAGAACAAUCAACACUUGCGAGUUUCCCCGAAAAACAAACUAUUAAAAAACGUGUUGUGUAUGCACACGCAUCGCCAAUGGACACGCGUGAUGAUGAACUUGUAUUGGACGAAAAAACGGGUGAGCUACGACACAAAAUACCAGAUGAUUUCAUAGUUGCAACUGACGAUGAUACAGAUUCAGAAAUCGAUGAAGAUCGUGCUGAGAAUGACGAUUUUUUAGAGCAACGUUACCCACCUGUACUCGAUAGCGACAUUGAAAUUGAAUCCGACACAGAAAUUGGUGCUACAUUCGAUUAUGUUGCCUCCGGCACUGGUGAAUGGAGAAUGGCCACGGAGGAAGACGGCGAUAUAUUUACUAUUCCAGUUUUUGAACCCGAACCUGGACCAACUUUCGAACUGCCUUCAUAUGCUCGUGAGGUGGAAUAUUUCUACAAAUUUAUCCCACCAGAACUGAUAGAACUGGCUUCUACCGAGACUAAUAAAUACGCCAAAUAUCAUCAAAAAUGCAUUGCAAAAAAAUUAAAUGCCCGCUGGCGUAAUACAAAUUUCAUUGAAAUGCAAGCAUUCUUUGGUGUGAUGAUAUGUAUGGGUGUUGAUCACAAAUCAGCAAUCGACGAUUAUUGGUCGAGUGACCCCUUUCUGCAGAACAUGGGAAUUGCAUCAGUAAUGACUCGGGCCAGAUUUCAAAUGCUAAUGCGUUAUUUUCAUUUAGCUGAUCCAGUAAAUGACCCACGGCGGGAUCCUGACAUUGAACGUCGCCGUCAACGAUCAGAGGCCGACCCGUUGUAUAAAAUCAACCCGUGGCUGAAACCCGUACUCGAAAAUUGUCGGCGAUACUACCAGAUGGGACAGGAAAUUUCGAUUGAUGAGGGUAUGAUUAGAUUCAAGGGACGGUCCAAGUUUAAGCAGAGAUUGCCCCACAAACCCGACCGUGAUGGCUUCAAAAUAUGGCAGGUGUGCGACUCGACAACGUCUUACAUUGCAAACUUUGAACCAUAUUUGGGGGUGAAAUAUAAAACUACAAUUGAGGGGAGAAAGAAAGAAACUGGGACAAUCAAGAAGACAACACACCGGUUGCUACAGCCCUUCACAGAAAAAAACCAUAUUCUUUUCUGUGAUUCGCUUUUUACGUCGGUUAACACAGCCCUUGAAUUACAAGACAAGGAAGUGUACAUGGUCGGUAGUUUUAGCAGACGAAAUCGGAAAACCAUGCCGCCGCAAUUAAUUCCUGAAGGGAAAAGCAAGAAGCUGAAAUUGAAAAUUGGUGAAAUGAAAGCAGCAACUAGACCGGACGACAUUAUCAAUAUUACUGCAUACCAGGAUGACAGCGCGCAAAUAUUGAUUUUAAAUACAGUCUAUCCAGAAGCAGUAGAUGACGAGAGACACAUGCCUGUAUCGUUACAAUGUUACAGACAUCACAUGGGUGGCGUGGAUCGUUCUAACCAAAGGCGAAAAUACUAUCACACGGGCAGAAAAAACAAUCGUUGGUGGAUCUACAUGGCCUGUUACCUCAUAGAUGUUGCAUUGGUCAAUGCUUAUGAAUGUUUCAAGGCAUUGAAUCGCACGACUAAAGUAACGCACAAAUUCUUCAAUAUCCGCACAGGUAAACAACUGAUUGGUGGACACUCGAGUAGAAUUCAAAAAUCCAUAAGAGAAGUUGGCUCUCUUCCAAGUAACACGUCAUUUAUUCGUAGUUUAAAUCAUGGUUCACCGCCAGAGGGCGCAACGCCAGAGCAGAGCAAAACACCCUCACAAACAAAACAAAAUACUCGUACACAACGGUGUCUUGGGUCCAGUAGGGGGUAG